UUAGUCGAAAUCGAGUAGACAACAAAGCAAGAUAAUGUUCAAGACCCUUGGUGCCGUAGUGCUCCUGGUGGCUCUGGCCAGUGCCGAGCUCCACCGCGUGCCGAUCUUGAAGGAGCAGAACUUCGUAAAGACGCGCCAAAAUGUUCUGGCCGAGAAGUCCUAUCUGCGCACCAAGUACCAGCUGCCCUCCCUGCGCAGCGUGGACGAGGAGCAGCUGUCCAAUUCGAUGAACAUGGCCUACUACGGAGCCAUCUCCAUCGGAACUCCGGCCCAGAGCUUCAAAGUGCUCUUCGACUCGGGCUCCUCGAAUCUGUGGGUGCCCUCGAACACCUGCCAGAGUGAUGCCUGCCUGACCCACAACCAGUACGAUUCGAGUGACAGCUCCACCUACGUGGCCAACGGCGAGUCCUUCUCGAUUCAGUAUGGAACCGGCAGCCUCACCGGCUACAUGUCCACCGAUACUGUCGACGUGAAUGGCCUGAGUGUCCAGAGCCAGACCUUCGCCGAGUCCACCAACGAGCCGGGAACCAACUUCAACGAUGCCAACUUCGAUGGCAUCCUGGGCAUGGCCUACGAGGCGCUGGCCGUGGAUGGGGUGGCUCCUGUGUUCUACAACAUGGUUUCCCAGGGUCUGGUCGACAGCUCCGUCUUCUCGUUCUAUCUGGCCCGCGACGGCACCUCCACCCAGGGCGGUGAGCUCAUCUUCGGCGGCUCCGAUGCUUCGCUGUACUCCGGCGACCUGACCUACGUGCCCAUCUCGGAGCAGGGCUACUGGCAGUUCGCCAUGGCCGGAUCCUCCGUCGAUGGUUACUCGUUGUGCGAUAACUGCCAGGCUAUUGCCGAUACCGGCACCUCCCUGGUCGUGGCUCCCUAUGAUGCCUACGUGACUCUCUCCGAGAUUCUGAAUGUCGGCGAGGAUGGCUAUCUCGAUUGCUCCUCCGUCAGCUCCCUGCCCGAUAUCACCUUCAACAUCGGUGGCUCGGACUUUGUCCUCAAGCCCUCGGCCUACAUCAUCCAGUCGGAGGGCAACUGCAUGUCCGCCUUCGAGUACAUGGGCACCGACUUCUGGAUCCUGGGCGAUGUCUUCAUCGGCCAGUACUACACCGAGUUCGAUCUGGGCAACAACCGCAUCGGCUUCGCUCCCGUCGCCUAGGUUACGGUCUAAGUUACGGCAAUCAGUGGUCAAUAAAGCAGCGAGUACCUUGA